AUGGAGCACCUGACCCUAUCCGUCUGCGACAAUUUUGAAAUCAGAUAUUUCGAAAAUGCCAAAAACAAUCGCUUGUUUAGGGAGGACGAUGAUUUCUUCGAGUUUCCAAAUGACCCUGCCUUUCACUGGAACGAAGAAUCUUGCGACUGCUCAACACCAGGAGCUAGUGUGAACCAGUUCCUACAACAGUGGCUGUUCUUUGGACUUCUGAGAACCGUCCUCCAGGAUCGUUCGUUCAAAGAAAGCGAUUUUACCACCACGCCAGGAAACACGAGUCGCACUGUGCACACCAAAUUUCUAAACAGAUAUCUGGAGACUUGGGGUGAAGAAGCCAGUGUCCCUAAUCAUGAAACAACAAUGUGGAUGAUCAAAGCCCAGCUAGCCCUUGACAAGGCUAGAGAGGUAGUCUCAAAAUUUUCGUGGGAUUGGAGCAUAAGAAACAAUAAGGAAGACAACGACACGAGAUAUCCAUAUAUUGAUCAAAAGCUUGCAUUAAGCUUGAUGGUACUCGGAGAAACGCUCUCAAAUGUCAAAUGUCAGAUUGUGGAGCGUUAUGGUUUCACAAUUCGGGGUUGGCACGGAGACGCCAACGAAGGCUGGGGUAUACCAUCCAUUGCCGUGACCACCAUGAUCGACAUGGGGUGGUGUGAACGGACUGUGUACGUCUUGACUUGUCAGCUUAAGUCGCAUGCAACUGCUCUAUUGGCUGCGUGGAAUUCAUUCAGAACUAUUAACCCCAGUCAAGGACGAAACAGAAUAUUAAAUCCAUUCGGGCACUCGGAGUGCAAUAAGCACAAAUGCAUUUUCAAAUCAAUACAAGGAAGCGACAAGGAAAAGUAUAAGACACAACAUCGGCCGGGCUGCAACGAGGAUGGAUGUCCCAUGAUAGGGCCCGAACCCUUCGACGUCGCCAAAAUUAUUGAUAUGGGCCAGCUACCUAUAUUGCGCUACGAAGACGGUGGCGGUAAUCGGUCUACUGUGCAUGUUAGAGCAUACAAACCCGAAUUCACGUACGCAACGAUAUCUCAUGUCUGGUCCGACGGUUACGGAAACAGGGACGCGAGCGAGCUUCCGAAAUGUCAACUGGACUUCAUUUCAAGAGUUGUACGCGACAGUCCUUAUAAUCGAGAAUCCCCCCCGUUUUUUUGGAUUGAUACAUUGGCGAUUCCACACCGAGACAAGUACCCCGAACAAAGAAAAAAGGCGGUGCAGCGGAUAGAUGAAAUUUACCGCAAUUCAAAAUUCACCAUAGUGCUGGAGCUCGGCCUGGAUCAGAUUUCCACUGGAAAUCAUUACCACGAAAUUGCGAUGCGCAUACUUGUAAGUGGCUGGAUGCGGCGAUUGUGGACCUUACAAGAGGCGUAUUUGAGCAAGAAGAUCCUUUUCCGGUUCUCUGACAAACUUAUGGACUUGGAUGAUAUUGAGGAGAUGUAUCCGCAUUCUCAAAAUGACCUCCAAACUAAUCUUUCUGCCUCCGCACAAGUCUACUUUCGCCACAUCAUGGGACCCGAAAGGCGAUCACGAAUGUUUGGGCUCGCUCUAGAAAAUUCGCACGACCUCAUUGCGAGUGUGUGGCGCUCUACUCAGUGGCGGGUUCUUUUCGCAUUAUUUGAACUAAACGCAAAGAGCCCCAAUGGAACAACAGAAAUGCCGGGUUCCACAUCAAGUACCGAUUAUCGCCAACCCAAAUCGUCGGAGGAGCUCUUCAGUAUGAUGAAAAGGCUUUGGGCACUCCUGGAUGAGCAAAGUCCUGGAUGCAUUCCUUCUGGCAUCAUCUUCGUUCCUGGGAAACGACUUCCUCUGAAAGGUUUUGGGUGGGCCCCUGCGACGUGGAUGUCCGGACAACAUGUCGAUUAUCCAGAUCCUCUGUCCCUGCUUCAGCAGGGCGCUAGAAUUGUCUACAAUAAGGGUCUUUCCGUUACGUAUCCGGGUUUCAUACUGCACUCGGAUAGACCUGAAACGGUGUUCUGGCCCAAAUUCCCCGAUCCAAUCCGCUUUCCUAGUGACAGCACACUUCUGGAAUGGUAUGAGGUAGAAUGCGUUGACGAGGCCAAGCCCCCUAUUGCAGGCAGAAUAUUGGACGGUAUGAACUUCGCUAUACUUCUCUGUAGACAGAAACCUCGAGAGGUUAAAGAGAUCGCGUUGCUCGUCCAUAUUGCACGCAAGGUCAGCCACAGGAUAGGCCUAUCGAAAGCGACAUCCAAGGUGAUGGAAGCGCACAUUGUAUGUCGCGUGUGGAUCAAACGUGACAUCAAGAUCGAUCGUUCCUCUAUAUGGGAACAGUUCAGCAAGACUAGACGAAACAAUCACGCGGACUUCAUUUGCGCUGAAGAGCUGGACAACACUCAAGAAUGGCUUGUUGAUGGACGGAAAGAUACAAACAUCGAUGAGGUAGUCGAAAAAUCACCCGGCCAAAGCGAUGAAGCAACCAGGACUCCCGUCAAGAAAUCAUCCGCUUCACCAGACGGACCUCCCGUGCGAUCAAUCAGAGUUUCAAAGACGCCUUUCGCAUCGGGCCGGGGUGCACGAUCAGCUCCUUCUGGCUCAUCUGCACACACUAUGAAAAUUUCAUCGGCUUCAUCGCAAUCCCGCUCAACCCCCCAAAUCCGUGCCAUAAAAAGCAACGGAGCUGUCAGAAACCCUAAUCUCACUCACACUGGAGUGCCCAGUGUGCAGCCUGGCUCCCGUCCAUCCUCAUCUUCAUCGCUUCGAGCAGAGAACAGAAAUCAAUUGACGAAACAAAAAGAGGCGUCAUAAUCAACUUGAACCAUUGGAGGCGUUAUUGGCGUGAUGGCUGUGAGUAGAAUUGUGCCUCGGCGGCGCAGUCAGGAAUGCCUGAGGCGCAGCUGCGUCUGCCAAGUAGCAAGACUCAGGUUCGCAAAGAACUAACACUUUCAGAGAAAUUGGUGAAAGUGAUUUGGAAGGGUGACAGGUGUAUAUGAUGAGCGCACGUUAUACUUAGGGAGGACCCUGUUGGAGGAGAAGAUGAUGCGUGAUGGGACAGGCUGAUGAGGACAUUCGUGCCGCCUUCAACGUGCCGUACUGAGACUGCACAGCCUUUCUUUGGUUUUGUCAUAAGGUGUCAUGACACAGUUCCG